GCCGAGGAUAGAAUUGGAUGUCAAUUAACUCACCACUCAAAUUGGAAUUGUUGUCUUGUCUUUAUAGUGUCUUUACAUCAAUCACAAUGGCUCCAGGUGCUCUCAUCGACGAGUCUUCUCAGACUCCUCUCCCACAAGUCAAGAACGCAGAUGCCCCUCGCUCAAUCUUUCCCGAUGGCAUCCGUACCUCGGGUCAACAUCCUCCUCUUUAUGAUGCCUUGAAGCCUUACUCUGAAUUCCCCAAGGAGAUCACUGGCCCUACGCUUUGGAAAAAGGAGGACUACGAGAACUCACCUGAGCGAUGGACCCAUCCUUUCACCGAUGAGGAGAUUCAAGAGUUGAGCGAUACCGCUGAUGCUUUCAUUGCCAGUGGCACUCCCCUCACUGGCAUCUCCAAGUCAAACUUCCCUCUUCCAAACUUGGGUAAAGUCCUCGGGACUCUUCGAGAAGACCUUCUCAACGGUAAGGGCUUCAUACUUUUCAAACGCUUCCCAGCUGGAGAAUGGGGUCCUCUCAAGAACGCAGUAGCCUACAUGGGUCUUGGUACAUACAUCGGUUACUUUGUCUCCCAAAACGGCCUGGGCCAUGUCCUCGGUCACGUCAAGGAUGUCGGUGAUGACGCUACACAAAUCGACCGCGUUCGUAUCUACCGCACAACAGCUCGUCAAUACUUCCAUGCCGAUGACUCCGACAUCGUCGGUCUUCUCUGCGUCCACCGUGCCAAGGAAGGUGGCGAGAGUGACAUUGUCAGCAUUCACAAUGUCUGGAACGAUCUUCAGAAGAAUAACCCCGAUGUUGCUGAGCUUCUGACACAACCAAUCUGGUACUUUGACCGCAAGGGAGAGACGUCAGUUGGUGAGGAGGAAUGGAUCCGAAACCCCAUCUUCUACAUCGAGAACGGUGGCCAGGGUCGAGUUUACUGCAAGUGGGAUCCUUACUUUGUGAGAUCUCUCACAAGAUUCUCUGACAAGGGUCUUAUUCCUCCUCUGAGUGAGGAGCAGAAGCAUGCUAUGACUGUGCUGGAGGAGACUUGCCAGAAGUUAGCUUUGCAUAUGAUUCUUGAGGUUGGAGAUAUUCAGUUCGUUAGCAACACACAUCUCCUUCAUGCUCGAACAGCAUACACAGACCACCUUCCUCCUGUCCCUCGAAGACAUCUUCUUCGGCUAUGGCUAUCUACUCCCGAAACCGAAGGUGGUUGGGCUCUCCCUUUCCAUGAUAGCAAGGAGAAGAAGCGAGGAGGCAUUCAGGUGAACAAUACUGCACCAAGAUGCCCCCUAGAUGCAGAGUAAAAGUCCUUUUUUGAUAGAUUAGCGGUCACGAUUUCACAACAAUUAACAUGCAAGAAUAAUAACAGUUGAAGACAACGAUUCUUUUAAAUAUGUGAUUACUCUCUAUGCCUUUCUCCCAUUCUUCUUUUAAUUCCUGGUCUGUUUGCUUGAUAUACCUGCGGGAAUGAGGCUCAUCAAACCAAGAUUAAGAUCCAUCACUCCCAUCAACCCGUAUCUGUUUGUCUAUGUGUAAAGACAUCCUGCCUAAUACAUUAUCAACUCUAUUCCAAUCUAAACCGGUGGGGUCGCAAGAAGAUCUAUGCUCUACCCUCUAAAGCAACCACGAGGUCAAAGGCGUCAUGAAAAAAGCAAUCAAGAUAACAACAACAACUGGCAAGUAUGCAAACAUCUUAGACCAGUCAAUAUCCUCUAUCAAGUCCUCCACACCUGGAGAAACCAAGUUGAAUGGGAAUUGAGGAGGAUACAACUCCCUUCGUCGUCGUCCCCUUUCAAGAAGAUGCUGUGCCUCAUUCUCGAUAGCCACGAUAAUGCUGUGGUACCCAGCCAAACUACUGCGCACGUAUAGCGUCUGACGAGGCUUGUCAUACGUCCAUUCCACGUUCGUUCCGCGGACACGUAGCUUGUGUGCGUCGUAGUGAUACGCCGGGAUGAAAAUCUCAGUGAGGUGUAUUUUCUCAUCGACAGGUUCUUUGGUCGCUGUACUAGUCCACUCAUAUUCGAAGCGUAGUGAUUUAUGGUUCCAGUUGGACUUUUUGGGAAUACCAGCUGUCUUCACAGCAUACGGUCUGAUGAUUACGUCGAGAAUUCGACCGCCUUUGUAAAGCUCGUCAUGCUCGUGAAGAUGAUUCCGGUAGUCAGGUCGUACGGGACCAUUCUCGCUGACCUCGUCACCAUUGAUGACUGAGAAAUCCUCAUUGUUCCACCCGUCGCCGUACUCAACUCUGUUAUUUGGGUUGUAGUUCCACAGUGUGUAGUUGAGCUUGUUGUCCUCCAUUGCGGAGAUCAAGCCGUUCAUCAAAUUGCGUUGCGUGUCGUAGCACCCUGUGCGGAAAGCUUCUGCCUUGUUGAUAUCGUACGAGAGGCCAAUCUCACCAAUAACCGUGGGAACUUUACCCAGGGAUUGUUUUCCGUAGUUGACGAUGUUGCCAAGCUGCCUUCUGUAGUUGUGUCGAAGUCCCGCGACUCCAAAGUAGAGCGCGUUGAGGACGAACAUGCCUCGCGUGAGACCUUGGACAUUGACGCUCAUCCACGAAUGACUCUUGCUAAAAAGGACGUUAAGAUCGUAGAAAUGAGGCGCAUACACAAAGUUCUGUGGGCGUGGAACCUUGAUCACUUCCUUCUCGGCAUACUUCUGCCGAAGCCAUUUCUUGUUAUCAGGAUCCUGCGUCGGCCAAGGCGGGAUGAACUCAUUGGGGAUCGGUUCAAUGAAGCUAAACUGCUUCGCCUUCUUGCGCGACACACGCUCUGUAAACUUUUGCAGAAAAGGCGCAUAGCAGUCGUUGUACCACUCAAUGGGUUUCCCCUCACGACCCGGUCGAUGAUCAACUUCAAAGUAAUCACCGUCGCGAAUGCGUGCUGUUUUCUUCUUUUCGUCCCACUCCCAGACGCCAUGGGCGCGCCACAGGCAUUCGCCCAUUCCCCGACCGUGGCCGACAGGUUGGUCUUUGAGGGACAACCAUGCAGAGCGACCUUUGGGGUCAAUACGAGACUUGUGGGAUACACGAGUUGGCCAUGGCCAUGAUUUGACGUAGUAAUCGACAUCUUGGGCAUAGCCACUUCCAAGGGCGAGAGCUUGUGCGAGAGAAGGACAGUGGCCGAUGUGUAAGUCGGUGUCGUAGUUCCAGAAGUGAAAAUGAUGAAGGUUGACGAGGCCGCGAUGGGGUUCAUUCAUAGGUUCAAAGCCAAUGCAUGCUUCAAGAUGACUGACUUCAUCUGCAAGGCGACCGAAAGCUUCAACGCAGGCAUCUUGAAGGAAUUGCUGUGCUGAGACUUCAUCGCCAGCGUCCUUUUUGCGACGACAUUUGAGAUUAGGAGCUAAAGCAUCACCAGCCCAAAAGAGAGUCGCCAUUGUCGACGCAGCAAGCUUCUGGUAACCCGAAGGCCACAAGAAUGGGCCGCCUGGCUCUUUUGGAUUUGGUGGUUCACUCGCGCGUUUCUUCUCAUCUUGACUGUGAACAUAAGCAGCGCCUGUGUCGGUGAAGGCCUCAAUAUCGAGACCUACAACUUCAAACGUCCAGCCAGGCGCACCACUUCCACCACUGUACCGACUCCAAACAUCUUGGUGCGCACAAACAAAGCACUUGAUACCAUAGUCUGGCAUGAGCUCGAUCAAUUGGCGCAGGUAGUCAAUAUACUCUGUAUCCAGGUCCUCAGGGUCUGGUCCAGCAUGGCCAAUUGACUCCCAGGUAACAAGCAAUCUCACAAAGGGCACACCCCAAGCCUGCAGACGCCGAAAGUGCAGCGGCGCAUCUUCCAAUGGAAAAGGUCUUCCCACAAAAGUGACGAUGCGAUGGCUCUCAUAGAAGCCAUGAUCCAGAUGAGACAGGCCGUUUGGCUCAGUGGGUAGUUUAGAGGCGCCAGAGAUGUUGAGACCGCGGAGGGAGAGGACGCGGUUGUAAUUGUCGAUGAAGUGCUCGUCUCUGAUUCGAAUUGGACCGCCUAAUGCAGCGUCCGAGAGGUCAGCUGCUGCGUGGAUGGACAUCUUGGGUGUGAGCGUGUGAAGCGGAGGACACGGUUGGGACACGCAAGCUGAAG